ACAACUCAACGCCUACUACUUUGCUUUCGUCGUGGCGUAAAUUUGAAACGUCCCAUUUUACGUUCCCUUUUCAUGUGCCUUUCUUUCUUUUCUGCAUAACUAUAUAAUCAUGGCUGCUCGCAUUCAACGUAGUCUCGUGCUCGCUCCAACCAUAAUUCAGCAAGGUCCAUUAAUUGCGGCUAUGCGGAGGAUGGGCGUGGACUUCGGAACUUGCAAGCCGUUCCCACGACUUGAAGGGAGCGCCAUCACCCUGGAUCGCUUGAACAAUGCCCUUCCGCCAUCUACACGACUUGGGAUCGUCGUCUAUGAUGAUAUCCAAACGGCUACCAUCCUCUAUCGAAAUACUCAGCAUGGCGGCCCUGGUAGCGUUGGAAAAUGGUCGGCCUACAAGGUUGCAGACAACGGCCUUGUACCUGUCGAUGUUGCUUCAGCACUCCUGCCGGAACGCUUCUUCAGCCAAGUUGUUGUGACCAUGAAAACCGCCGCCGGUGACAGCGUCGAUCCGGCAUCCGUGGAGGAGAUGCUGGCUCGCUUGUGGGCGACGCCCAUUCUAGAUUUCGCUUGGCCAAUCGCUUGCCUUCCAGGUGCCACGUUCAGCCUGGAUGGGCGCACCAACCUUGUCUGGAACUCCAGCUUGCGCUUGCCCGAGCAAGCCAAGACGUUUGUGUACGCUCGCAUUGACGACCUGGGUCGACAGGCGUUCUACGUUGCCGGCACUUCCCUGUUCGGUGACGUCCGCGUGCUGUCCGUCCCCCAAGAGGACAUCGAACCCCUUGUCAGCAUCAGACGUGGCGGUGGCUUCACGCGGUGGCUUCCCGGCCUCGCUAUUGUUGACACAUCCGCAAGUACCGCAGUCAUGCCCCACGUUGCUGACGUCGCCAACCUCGCCAGCGCUGUAUCGCAGUCCCGCCACGCUUUCGUGCCUACCAUUAACGUCCGGUAUCGCGUAAUGCCAAACGCCGAUACCUACUACCGAAUGGUCUGUGAACGGGUAUCUUCUGAACCGACCAAGUCGCUACCGCGGGGCAUUCCCGUUCCUUCUACGGAUCCGCAAACCAGGCGAGACUACCCGCCGGCGGCACAACCUGAACCGCACAGAACGACGCUUGCUGAAAGGCCCACACGAGACCAACUGGAAGCAACCGUCCCUCUGCUGCACCUCACGCAGCCGCUUCUCAACAACAUAAUAACGUCUGCUCGUGAGGCAAUCGUCGAGAACGACGCACGGCAGGCCACCAUCUUCGACGCGCGGUCUCGCAAGGAGUGGAGUGCAUUGUGCGCCGCCCGCAGACGGCCAUUGCCGCCCGUCCUUGCGACCGUGCGAUACAACGGUCGCCAGCUUCCUGAUGUCCUCUUACCGAUGAACGCCCUGGGCGUUGCGCUAUCCAUGACAACAUCCGCCGGCAGACGCGUUUGCUGGUCCCAGGACGAGAUAGCGGGUUGGAGCCCUGGCGGUGCGCACGUUGACGCCUGGCUAGGCGGCUGCUUGGAGCCGGGUAUGAUUCUCGAAACGCUGUGCUUCCCCAGCUCCUCGCAGCAGCCUGCACGCCGAGCAGCUGGUGUCGUUGUCUCCAUUCCGCCCGACAUCCCUAUCAGCGUCUUGUGCUUUUGCGACAACUGUGCAUCGAACAGCGACCUCACGGGUCGCAUUGUGAAUCUUUCGACAUUCGAGCAACACGGCUGCGCCCAUCCAGCAGGCAGCAACGCAUGCCGCUGUAGCAGUGUCCCUGGGUGCGUGCGUGCUCUAGUUCGUAUGGAGGAUGCACCUCCGAUGUGGCGGCCUCUAUGGCGUUGGGCGCGUAUCGAGCAGAUCUCCUGUGCCGACCAUGCCGUUGAGCCUCGGCUGGACUGGAACUGCUUAUGGACCAGCGCCAAGCCGCCCGACACGUCGCAACUACAACUCACUGACACGCCACCGCCGCCUGGCUGGAACGGUCGAGGCUAUCCGUCCGAGGCACCCGGUGCUUGGUAUCCGUAGAGUUACAAGUGCCACUCGAUUGUCUCGCAUAAUUUGGCACGUCGCUUGGGUUGGUUCACGUGAUUGGUUGGUGCACGUUGGUAUGCCGUCGGGGAUAUGCCGUAUGGAGGUAGGCGCGAAAAGGGUGGAGAAGAAAAAUGCUAGGAGAGAGAACAACGGACGCAGGAGGAGUGGAGACAAAUAGAAGAGGGCCGGGAAAUAAGGAAAGGAAACACCUGCAAAUGGAAGAGCAUGGUUUGGGAGGGGGGGCUACAAGUUGGUUCAUGCUAUUCAGGGCGAGCAGGGUGUCAUACCCAUGCCGUAAAAUAUGGAAGACUGAACGCCUCUUGGCAACAUGCCGUUUUCGAAAGGCCUCUUGGCAACAAAUAGUGAACGGCAGCGUAUACUGUACGGAUGUGUGUCAUGUUUUUUUGACAUGGCGCCUGACAUGCAUGAAUGAUGCUUUGAACGGUUAACCGCCUGCAUUUCUACGCCAUCCGGUCCAAUGCAUACGCUAUCUGCACAUUUCUUAUAUAGUAACCAUCGAACUGCGAGUGGCUCAUUUGAUCGAUUAUGGUUCAGUUGACAAUACUGCGCGAGGGAGGUGAAGAGGGCCGUCCAAAACCGCGCCCUAACCCAUGCCGUACAGUACACCCAUGUGAGACGAUGCUACUCAGAUGCCGCCAGAGCGAUCUUAGCGAUCGUUCGAAUAACGAAGGAGCGGCACGGGGCAUGGGGAACUUGAAGGGAGGUGGGAGCCCAUUCAUUUGGUCAGUCGCAACAGCGUAGUGUCCGAGGCUCAUUGUUCUCAUGUCGGACGCCUUGGCUUCAGUUUGCACUGCCGGUGCAUAUUGCUUGUCACUGCAAUUAACACAACGGGUAACAACAUACCACUUACAGCAUAACCAACACCAUUACACGGUACUAACAAUCAAAAAUUCAUACUUUCGCUAUACUUCUACAUUGUCUGCGAUGCACUGCGCUUUAUUCAACGCCAUGGAUUGUCUGCGAUGCACUGCGCUUUAUAUACCCGCGUAGGUAAUUCCAACUCAGUACUUCGUCCCUUCACACAUUACUCUUCAUUUCUUCCAUGUUCUAUGUAGUUUGACAACGUGUAUUCACCGUUAACUUUCUGUGACAAGCAUUGCAGCUCGCGCUAUUCGCGCGCUUAUCCUUCCGAAGCCAACUCAUCCCGACAGCAUGCCGAGACCAUCACAUGACAACAUGUACGACACCCAGUCAUGUCGGUACCUUACUUCCUAUAAAUAUCACCACCGCUUUAAUUGUUUACUAGCAUUCUAUUUUUCCAGCCGCUUCACACUACCAUAAUACCGCCACGUCAUUAAACCUUGCUCAUUGUCUGGUUCGUAUCGUUACUGCCCGCAAUGUCGCCCAAGACGCCACCUGCUGGCAAAAGACCACUAGACACCGCCACCGAUACCAAUACUCCGUCAAGCGGCAAGCGCCCUGCCAACACUGACUCCACCAGGAUAUCCGCUGCAUCCAGCAGUGCCUCAGGCUGCUCUCCUGCUCAACCAACGGCUCUGGAAUUCCAGGCAACUGCCAUGUUUGGACCGCAGCCGAGCCCAUUCGAGAAUGGUGUACGCGACAACAUCAGCGUCCUCAUGGGCCCCAUCGUUCCGAAGGACGACGAAGGCGAGAUCGCUCUCAAGGUCGCCGUUGUGCUAAUUAGCGACCCCUACCUCAACCGCCUCGUCAACGCGCUGGGCAACAUCGUCACCAUUAACCCUGUCGUCGGCGGCCCUGUGCAGUCCAACAAGGUCCUGGGACGCCUCGCCCAAGUGUCGUCAACGCAGUUCCAUAUCGGCGACGCCGCCCAAGUGACGAUAUCACCCCACACGCGCUUCAUUCCGCUGACAACUCACCGCUUCCGCACACUUGGCGCUAACCCUGCCACCGACUCCGGCAACACUUCCAACGAGGCGCCCAUGUUAGUGUAUCCGUACGGCGCCCUGACGGAAUACUCCGGACGCGACGAGCGGUUCAAGAAGCUGGACGCCAUGGUAGCCACCGGAGAUCCCAACGACCCCAACCCCGUAAAGAUGGCCAUUAAGUCACGGGCGUCUGCUCUCACUCCCUCCAUGGCCCGCCUACUGGACCACGCUGCGGCGACGGGACAGGCGCUGUACAUCAACGGCUACUUUGACCGCAAGAACGAGGCCUUCGACGGCACUGUCUGGACCAACUCCUCCUUCAUCUUCGGUGCCCACCCUACCCGCGCUGUUCGCAAGUUCAUCCUGAAGGCCAUCGCCAAGAUCAACGGCGGCGCCGACGCAAGCGGUGUCAACUGGAUGAACCGACUGGCACAGGAGUGGGAAGGUGACGCGGAGAGCACUCGGCCGCAGGACGGACUCAUUCGCAACGCCGUUCUCCAGCCGCUCCAGGUCAAGCCGUCCCUGACCGGCCACACCGAGCACGUUCUGCCGAUGGCCCUCACGCACGACGACCACCACUACGCCGUGUACGCCAACACCCUCGACGUCGUUCAGCACGUACCCGGAUACCUGGAGGAGUUCGGCACGGUCGAGAUUGCCACCGUCAACCUGCCCAACAUCAUCAACUUCCUCCAGGAGCCCUUCGAGAUGCACGCCGACGUCGAGGUGCUGACAACCGAACGAUUCACCCGCAUCACCCGCUUGGUACCCCGCGCCUGAAAUGACACGCCACCCAUGCAGUGUCAUGCGUUUGGGUAUCACACCUUUGGUCUUGCGUAAUUGAAGUACAGGUUCACUGUACGCACUUAGAAGUUUAUGGCCAUACGCACUGUGCCAUUCGUAUUUGGCCGUGAAUGCUGAUGAAGGGUCCGGUGUCUUCGUACCGUCGCGUCUGUUCGUGUACGUACUACGAUGAGGACUAUUACUCCGCAUACCACGCUAUACGAACAGAGCCAUGCGCAAUGUGCCAGUUGUACUCUGCCAUUCCGUCUAGUAUUGCGCUUGUUGGCGUCAAAGUCUUCUAUGCAUUCCGGUUAUGCGUACAUACAUUGGUACACGAUCUGUGCCAUACGAACAGUGUCACUCACGCUGCGGAGUCGUCCUACUGGGCUUGGUCGUAGUUGUAUGUCAACAACGCCAUAUGUUCCACGUAUGGUGUGCCAGUUGUACUAUGCCAUUCGUGUAGUUAUGCGUUUACGUGCUAUGCACUUCCAAAACCUUAUCGCACACGUUUCAUGUCCUGAACAGUUAAUUUCACUUGUUGUCGACCAAUAACACUAGGAUGUCCAUGGUUGCUGGAGCUAUGACGGUUGCCGGAGCAAACACGUCCACCAAUGACACGGUCAUAACCACACGGUCGUAUCCCUUACAAUACUUUUAACGACCAAUACGUUCGC